UUGAAAUUGAAAUUAGAAGAAAAAUACUCGUACGAAUACUUAGAAAUUUCGUAUGAACAAAAACCAGGGAAAAACCAAGAGAAGGAGAGAGUAAGAGCUAGGAAAAUGGGGAAAUCCAGCAAAAAGACGAAGAAAAUAUCAGAAGAUGAUAGUGAUUCUCAGUCUCCUUCAUCCUCUUCCUCCGACGAGUCAGACCGACGGCGAAGGCGUCGGCACCGCGACGACGACGACGAUGAAGAAGAAGUGAAGCGCAGUUCGAGGAGAGAGAAAGAGAAGCGCCGGCGAAAGAGAAAAAGAGAAGAAAAAGAAGAAAGGAAGCAUCGUAGAGAUAGCAGAAGCAAGCGACGAUCUCGUUCCAGAAAGAAGGUUUCUGAUUCUGAUGAUACUGCGUCUGAUUCUGAUUCUGAUUCCGAUUCUUCCGGUGAUGAUUUUUCCCAGGCUAAAGAUGUUGCUAGGGAUUUGUUGAUAGAAUUUCCUGGUGUUGCUGCUGAUCUUAAGCAGCUCUUACAAAUGAUUGAUGAUGGACAAGCUGUUGACAUCAAAGGAAUUUCUGAAAAGCCUUUGAUGAAGCAUCUCAAAAAGUUGUUUCUUUCCUUAAAUCUCAAAGAAAAAGGGGAUAGAGUAUUCUUGUUACGGUCUAGGGCUCGUCCAACUAUAGAGAUUGUUGGACCUGUGAUUACUGCACAAAGUGGAGUGGCUGAACAGAAAACUGAGGACCCCCUUCCUUCUCAGCCUCAUGAAGAAGUUGGAAAAAGUACCGAUGAUGUCCCUUCAGUUAUCAUAGGUCCUAAUUUUGAAGGUGCUGCUCCUCGAAGGAGAGUAAUCGGCCCGGAGAUGCCAUCUGCUGAAUUACUUGCUGCAGCAGCCAAGUUGACUGAAGCUCAGGCUGAGCUUAGGGAUGCUGAGAUGGAGCAAGAUGACAAUGGAAUAUUUGUUGGGCCACCACCUCCUGCUCUUGUCACUGAGGCUGAAUCAUCUAAUGAAGCUGAGCGUUUUGAAGAGGUCACUAGAAUCAUGGGAGUGGAGUCAGAUAAUCCUUAUGAUAUUGUGGGAGUCAACCACAAGAUGCCUGCUGCUAAUAUAAAGAAGAGGUACUGGAAAUUGUCACUUAUGGUGCAUCCAGACAAAUGCUCUCAUCCACAAGCUAACCAAGCAUUCAUUAAACUUAACAAGGGAUUCAAAGAUCUGCAAGAUCCAGAUAAGAGAAAGGCAUUGGAUGAUAAAAUUAAGAAAAAAGAAGAGGAAGAAGAAAUGAAGGCGGAAUUACGAUCAAUGCGGGAAGCUGCACUAUGGAGGCAGUCACAAGGUUUGGCUAUGGAAGGGGAUGAUGUGUUGCUUGCAGAGUUGGAAGUGAAAGCUCCUCCAAAACGAGAUGAAUGGAUGACGUCUCUACCUCCUGAAAGAAAGCCUGGUGGUAUGCCUACGCACACUACAACUUUCAGUAGAAUUGCUAAAGAAGGGCGCGGUGAUACCAGUGCUUGGACAGACACCCCUUCAGAUCGUGCUCAGAAAGCAAAGACAAAUUACUUGGAAGCCUAUAAUGUGGCAACAGCACUUGCUUCGAAUGAAUUAGACAAGAAAACCUCUGACAUUGAUGCUGCUUUGGUAGACCAAUAUAACAAAGCCAAAAGAUCGAAGACUUUGGUACAAAAGCAUCAAGAAGAGUCUCAGAAAAGUCAUUCAAAAAAGAAAUCAAAGCAGACACAGACGCAGAAUCAGGAUGGGGAAGAAUGGGUGGGCAAUCACCCCUGGAAACCUUGGGACCGAAAGAAAGAUCUCUCAGCUGGACGGCUGGAUGUAAAACUUGAUGCUGAGAAUUUGAAACAGGGUUUGUCUACCAAAUUUGCAUCUGGGUCCUUCCAGAGGAGCUUCCUUUGAAUUUUAUUUUCCAAGUCAUUAUGUUUAUUAGUGAGUUAGUGUAUACACAAUAUUUCUUCUGGGGAUCCAACUUCAAAACUUUAUUGACAUGGUAAAUUUUUGUUGUAACAAGUAACAACCAAGCAGGUAUAAAUUAUAAUCAAUAUAAGUAUUCAUUCAGUUUAUUUUUUCA